CUCACCGGACACUGGAGAGAGACCGGGCGGCAUUAAUACCGGCGAACUGUCAGCCGGCUGCUCAGUUCAUUGGGUGUUGACAGUCGGGGAAAUUUAAGGAGGAAAUAGUUUGUUGUAAUCUGUUUUUUCUACUUUUCUACAUGCACUUUUCAAAGCGAGCAUAGAUGUCAUCGCACAGCAUGCUUAUCUCUGGAAGCUCCCGAUUGAAAUGGACGGACGCAUUUCUUUACUUGGGUCUGUUCAUGCAGUCGGCGGUUUGGGAAACGACAGAGGCCAUCCACCCAGAUUGCGCUCUGGUUGUUCAGCACAUGAAGGCUGAGGAAGAAUGUUAUCAGAUCCUCAAGCAGGAGGAGAACAACCACUCUGCUAAGACAGGCUGUCCAACAGUUUGGGACAACCUUCAGUGCUGGUAUCAUGCUGAGGUGGGACAGGUGGUCAAUAUCUCGUGCGCAAGCGUCGGACAGGCAUUUUCAAAUAGUUAUAUCUAUAGGAACUGCACUGAGAAAGGAUGGUCGGACUUCUACCCAUCCUAUGAAGAGGCCUGUAAGAUUCCAGAGGAUGAAGAAAUCGAACCAGAGACAACGUAUUUCUCCAACUUCAAACAGGUGUACACUGCUGGCUACGCUACCUCCCUCAUCUCUCUUAUAUCAGCUAUUUUUGUCUUCACUGUCUUCAGGAAAUUUCACUGCACCAGGAACUACAUCCACAUGAACUUGUUCUUCUCCUUCAUCCUGAGAGCGAGUGCUGUCUUUAUCAAAGACGCUAUCCUUUUUUCUGAUGAAAACAUGGACCACUGCUUUAUGUCUACAACAUCCUGUAAAUCAGCCGUGGCCUUCUUCCAGUUCAGUAUUCUGGCUAACUACUUCUGGCUCCUGGUGGAGGGCAUGUACCUGCAGACACUGCUCACUCUCACAUUUGUCUUCCAGAAGAAAUACUUCUGGUGGUACAUACUUAUUGGCUGGGGUCUCCCGACGGUAAUCAUAACAGCUUGGAUUCUAACUCGAAACUUCUACGACAACAGGGGGUGCUGGGAUGACACAGAUGUGGCCUUCAUCUGGUGGAUCAUAAAAGCUCCAAUAACGGCAUCACUACUGGUGAACUUCAUGAUCUUCAUCAACGUAAUCCGUAUUCUGGUCCAGAAGCUUAGGUCUCCUGGUGUUGGUGGCAAUGAUACCAGUCACUUCAAGAGGCUGGCGAAGUCCACGCUGCUGCUCAUCCCACUGUUCGGGAUGCAUUACAUGGUGUUUGCCUUCCUGCCAGAAAACACAGGGACAGAGGCACGCAUCUUCAUAGAGCUCGGUGUGGGCUCCUUCCAGGGUUUUGUGGUGGCACUGCUCUACUGCUUCUUGAAUGGUGAGGUGCAGGCUGAGCUCAAGAAGAGGUUUUGGAAGUGGCAGACUCAGAGUUACCUGAGCUACAGUAAACGACGGCGCACUCUGUUCACUGAAAGCAGCACAAUCACUCAGAUAUCUGUCCUGGACAAAUCUAGCCCAAAAGAUAAGCCAGGCCCUGAGACACACGCCCUCACCAAUACCGUCACACACAGCAACGUCUCGGCUGUGUGAAAAACAGCCGACAGCACCAGUAGUUGUGUCCUUUUAUACACCUGCCUGGUUAGCAGAGACUAAACCACAGAGCCUGAUUGUUGAACGUUUAAGGUACCUCCUAAUUUUUUUAGAAGUGUGGGACUUGUAGGCUUACCGUACACUAAGUCUAAUUUGAGUUCAGCUCAUUAAUUCAUAACAUCUUAUACAUCUUUUCACAUUAAACUUUUCUCCAUGAUGACACUAGAUAUCAUGUUGGCAGAACAAGAGGUCAUUUGUUUUUUGUUUUUUUCAGAUUUUCUUUUUAUGCUCCGGGGCCCCUCCUCCACAUCUUACUCACAACCACCAAAUUUUUUUCUUGCCUUGUUUAUCACAAAACCAUGUCUUGAACUGCUCAGUUUUGUGGGUGAAUGUUUUAGUAUUUAGCUUUCAUUCUCAUUAUUUUCUUCCAACCUGCUCUUAAAAGGAAAUGGGCAAAAACAAACAAAUGCAUAUGUAUUCAUUGUUGUCUCAAGCAGGCACAAGACAGACAGUUUUAAAUGUAUAAUUACAGGUGAAUCAAUUUUAAACCUUUCUAAAAUUCUGAAAAUUGUAUCACUCCUUUUUGCUUAGUUGUUAGUGGUUGUCCAGUAUUGAUAAAUCUAUUUAUUGAUUAGAAAACAUGAAUUAAACUGAACCUGUUAUGCCCAUUUCUAGCUCCAUAAUUUUAUAUUUGGAGAAUACUAGAAUAGCUUUGCAUGACAGUUCAAAAUAAUCCUUAUUGUUUUAUACUGGGCUUUAGUGCUGUCCAUCCACUGUUGAAACAAGCUCCUUCCUCCUUUUAUCUGAUUGGCUCUCCCCUAACAGCAGAUGAUCAUAUUUGGGAGAUCUCCUCUCACUUAUGUUGUAGAUUACUUCUGCAGCCAGUGACCUCGUUAUGACCAAUCAACACUGUAAUAGUUUAGUAUAUGAAAAAAAGGAAAAGCAGAAUAUGUCUAAAAUAAAACAGAUAUACAGAGCAUACGUCGUUUUUAAAACAGGUUAGUGAGAGACAGAAAAGAAGAUGAAAACAGGGUAAGGAUGAAACGACCAUGUACUUUUUACUAAAUAUUCUUCUGUUUGCUAAUUCUAAGGUGAGCACAGCUCAUAAAUGAGUUUUCUUUCUCAGUCUCCAGACUUUACCAAAGCCCUGUAGAUACAAUAUUUUUUAAAUCGCUGCUGAAGUAAACAAUAACACAUGUUAAUUUGACUAGAUAGUUAUAAACUAUAUAUAAAUGCUGGACAUAGCUUUGGGGUUUAAAAGUGAUGCCAGUGCAAAAGUGCCUUACAUUUGUUUUUUUUCAU